AUGACUGACGUUGAAGCUAUGUUCCAUCAAGUAAGAGUACCUGAUGAUGACUGUGAUCUUCUACGAUUUCUCUGGUGGCCUGACGGCGAUAUGGAACAAGAAGUACAAGAGUAUCAAAUGACUGUACAUUUGUUUGGAGCAACGUCUUCAUCGAGUGUCGCCAAUUUUGCAUUACGUAAGACUGCCAUCGAUAAUACAGCAAGCUAUUAUGAUAAAGCCGUUACAGACACUGUGGAGAAGAAUUUUUAUGUAGACGAUUGCUUGAAGUCUGUUCCCACCUCUGAAGAAGGCAUUAAUCAAGCCAAAGAUCUGCUCGACAUGAUGGCAAAUGGUAGAUUCAAACUCACAAAGUGGAUAAGCAACAAUCUAAAGGUGCUGGAGUCGAUUCCUGAACAGUUACGAGCUAAAGAUGUGAAGGAUAUGGAUCUUUGGAAGGGAGUUCUACAAAUCGAAAGAGCCUUGGGAGUGAAGUGGUGUGUUAACUCAGAUACGUUUAGUUUCAACGUUGCAGUUCAACAACGACCUUAUACUCGACGUGGUAUUCUCUCUGUCGUUAGUUCAGUCUACGAUCCCCUUGGGCUAGCAUCACCCUUUAUCUUUCCUGCUAAAGUUCUCCUUCGAGACAUUUGUAGAAGGCUGUAUGAGUUGAGGAGACAUUGUCUAAUUGGAGAUAUUGUAAUGGUGGUGUGCCACAGGGCACCAAGCUGGGUGUGA